CAAAUGUAUCCUCCUGGAGCCCCCAUGAUUUCAUUCCAGGAAGACUUUCACGUGCCUGGGGCUUUUUUCACGUGCCUGGGGCUUUUUUCACGUGCCUGGGACUUUCGCAAAAGUAUCCUCCUGGUGCCCCCAUGAUUUCAUUCCAGGGAGACUUGCGUGCCUGGGGCUUUUUUCAUGUGCCUGGUGCUUUUUUCACGUGCCCGAGGUCUUUUUUCACGUGCCUGGGACUUUUGCAAAUGUAUCCUCCUGGUGCCCCCAUGAUUUCAUUCCAGGGAGACUCGCGUGCCUGGGACUUUUUCACAUGCCUGGCUUUUUGUUUCACGUGCCUGGGUCUUUUUUUUACGUGCCUGGGGCUUCUUUUUUUUUCACGUGCCUGGGGCUUUUUUUUUUCACGUGCCUGGAGCUUUUUUUUGUCACGUGCCUGGGGCUUUUUUUGUCACGUGCCUGGGGCUUUUUUUGUCACGUGCCUGGGGCUUUUUGUGUCACGUGCCUGGGGCUUUUUGUGUCACGUGCCUGGGGCUUUUUGUGUCACGUGCCUGGGGCUUUUUGUGUCACGUGCCUGGGGCUUUUUGUGUCACGUGCCUGGGGCUUUUUGUGUCACGUGCCUGGGGCUUUUUGUGUCACGUGCCUGGGGCUUUUUGUGUCACGUGCCUGGGGCUUUCACAAAUGUAUCCUCCUGGAGCCCCCUUGAUUUCAUUCCAGGAAGACUUUCACGUGCCUGGGUCUUUUUUGUCACGUGCCUGGGUCUUUUUUUGUCACGGGCCUGGGUCUUUUUUUGUCACGGGCCUGGGUCUUUUUUUGUCACGGGCCUGGGGCUUUCAAAAAUGUAUCCUCCUGGAGCCCCCUUGAUUUCAUUCCAGGAAGACUUUCACGUGCCUGGGGCUUUUUUGUCACGUGCCUGUGGCUUUUUUUUCACGUGCCUGGGGCUUUUUUUUUCACGUGCCUGGGGCGCUUUUUUUCACGUGCCUGGGGCUUUUUUUUGUCACGUGCCUGGGGCUUUUUUUUGUCACGUGCCUGGGGCUUUUUUUGUCACGUGCCUGGGGCUUUCAAAAAUGUAUCGGUGUGAAGAGAAAAGUAUUUUUUCGGAGUAUGCUGCUAAGUGAUGUUGAACAUCCCUCGUUCUUUGAAGGAAGUUGGUUACACUGAAGUGUUCAAAGAUAUUUUUCUUAUGUUAAAGCACUUUUUUAUGUUUUGUGUUACAUAGUUAUAUAUAUUAAGAGGUCUAAUGACAGUAUUUUUUUAUUUCCCUGUUUUUGUAAAGUGACUGUUGCUAAAAAAAAAAAAAAAAAUGUGGGCACCCACCUGCAAAAAAGAUACUUUAAUAUUCUAUAAGAAACCCUUAAAAGCCACCUGUAGCUAAAGCUGGCCAUAGAUUGUUAAAAUUUUGUCCGGUUCAGCAUGGACCAUCUAUGGUGGACUUGAGGAGUCACUUGUUGAAGUGUUGGCCUCUUGAUCCAGCCGAAUUCCAUGCCGUCACUCGUACUCAAUUGCUCGGUACAAUAAUGGCUUCCUAUACAGAAUGGGAGAGAAGGUUGCUUGAGAUUCAAGAGCUAUUGGAAGUGUGUGCUUCGGGCAGAUCCUAACCAAUGGGGAACAUCCGUUGUCAUCAACAGACAGCGCAUUGGUCAACUGGCUUUUGAGGCUCUUCCAAGUUUGAUGCACGUGACAGGUGCUCUUGAACAUAGGUGGGACUUGCAGAUGUUGUGUUUUCUGUGAAAUAAAAGCUGUGAAAUGAAAGCUGUGUGAGACC